GUAUCUUUCUCUAUCUUCAACCUGGUCUAUCACACGGGGAAUGGCAUCCCGCGCCCUUUUGUAGUACUAUCCAAGCCACAUGAUGGCCGUUCUUUAUUACUCGUAAUCCAAAACAACCGAUAGGAGCCUAUCUACCAGCCCAAACCUAACCUUACCCCCCAAGUAUCUAUCAGCUCCAUCCAUCCGUCCACCUGGGCACCUCAAGCGAACUGCCCAACCAGGCAAGACACGAAAAGAAAUCACGCUAGAUAAGAUAUUCACAAGCCAGCUCCAACUGUUGAUGCGCCACACCCGCAUCUACCGAUAGAUAAGUAGGUAGAAAGAAAGAAAGAAGGAAGGAAGGAACCGCAUCGUAUCACUUCAUGUGCCGAGGAGGACACCCCCCAUGAGCCAUUUUUUUUUUUUUCUUUCUUGGUCUAACCAGAUCUUACAACCCCAGAAAAAAAGACAGAACUAUUAACUUAGCUAGCUAGCUAGUUAGGUAACUGGGUUGGGUAUGGGGUUAAUAUUCGUAUUACAUGUUGUUGUUAUUGUUUCUUUUCCCGCUUCUUUCUUUUUUAUCGAUGGGUGUCUUCCCACCCUCCCCUCGUGUUAGCAAAUUAUACUGUAGAUCGAUAGACCCCAAGGUCGAUCAGCGUAAGUUAACUAAACCAUUAAAUUUACUUGCCAUAGAUAAUGCCCUUUAUACUCGUAAUGAGGCAAACGUGAGGGUCCACUUAGGCAUCGAGAGAGAAUAACCCUGUUGCUGGGGCCGAG